AUGAAGGGGAAUAUGAGGAAGCCCAGGAUGGCAAAGAGGGGCCCGGCGGCCUGGACGGCGGGCUCCUCGCCGAAGAUGAGGGGGAUUAAGGUGAGCUUCUUGGCGGAGAUUGUUGGGGCAGUGGUGGUGGGAAGCUCAGCGGUUUGCGGAGGAACCAAAAAGGAAUAUGCGUUUGAUAUACCUUCCAAAUGCAAAGCAGUCGUGACCAAUCGGUGCAACCUCAAUGUUGUCAGUGACGUACUUGACAACCUAGACAAAGCACAUAAAAAGCGAUUUGUAAAGUCUUGCUUCCGGCCACUAGUAAAUAUUCCCGAGCUCAUAUUGUCCUCGCAAGUAGUCCACCAAGUACUUCGUAGGACAUUGAAAGCGUCCGAAAAUGACAAAGAUGCCGUGUGGUUCAGAUUCGGGGAAAAUGAAGUUAGAUUCGGGUUACAAGAGUUUUGUCUUGUAACUGGAUUUAAGAUUGCGGCGGAUGAUGAAAAUGCGUACGAGGUCCCCAAAAAUAACAGUUCGCUUUUGCAACUGUUCAAGAAGAAGCGGGGGAAGAUCAAACGCAGUGACUUACUCGAGGAAUUUCAUAAGGUGAAAGACGCGGAGGCGAAGUACAAAUUGGGACUUGUGACGGUCUUGGAGCAUGUUGUUUUGUCUGCAGAGUGCGAAACUCUUGUAGAUGAAAGAUGGUUUGAUUUAGUUGAAGAUUUAGAAAAAUUCAACAGUUAUCCUUGGGGCAACUUGUCGUAUCAGCAGACUAUUUGGGCAUUUAAGGCGCUACCCGACUUAGGAAGAGAAUUUGCCGAAAAAAAAAUUGGUUUCCUAAUUCCAAGAAUGUAUGGUUGGAAAAUUGAUAAACAGUGUCGAGGCGAGCAGCUUAAUACUUUUUUCGACAGGGCGGAGAUUGAAGUUCGACGAACAUUGGAACUCAGUUCAUAUGAAGUUAAGUCUUCAUAUUUGAACGAAUUGGGUAUAAUUGCCAAGGAAGUAGAUAGUGCCCGUCAAGAUGAGGAUGAAGAAGGCACUGCAACCAAAGUUGAGGAAGAAGGCAAUGAUGAUGAUGAUGUUGUGGAUGAUGAGGAAGAAAAAGAAGAUGAAGAAGAAGAAGAAGAAGAAGAAAAUGCGUCUCAACGUGAUCCACCACAACCUCAUGUUUUGGAUGAAGAAAAGAUCGCAGCUAUAGUGAGGAAAGUGGUGAAGGACGAGGUGAGGAAAGUGGUGAAGGAGGACCUGGGAACAGAUCUGUAA